GCCUGGUUGAACCGUCCCAUCAUUUGUAAGGCGAGCCAUCGCCAUCCACAUCUUUUUCCUCCAUCAUCGACCCUGAACGCCCACCGGCGAUGCUCCCCAUUGCCGCCACGACGCACCCCAUUUCCCCGUCCUAAUAGACCGCUACCAUCAGGCAGCACCUCUUGCGCCUGCCUGUCCGGUCAAGGCGCAUUCGUCGUGCUCUUCGGCCGAGCUUCGGCGCCCCGUCUCGCAUCAGAGCAGAGAGCCCGAGCUCCGCCACCGGCAGCGUCUGGGGCUGCUCGCGACGACCGGUCAUGAUUCCGCGGUCCCGUGUCACCGGGCGCCUCCUGCUGGAGCGCUCGGCGGCGCAAGCCAGCAGGACGCUCCCCCGCACGGCGCCGAGGACGUGGGCUCUCGCGACCGCCUCCCGGAGCCGGCAACGUUGCGCCGGCCGACUACCGGCGCAAAGUCCCCGGCUGGCCGCCGCGGCCUUCUCCACGAGCGCGUGGUUGAGCAGAGACAAGGACAACAAAGACAAGCCAAGCGACUUCUUCGACUCGUCUAUCGAGCCUGCGACCGAGCCGUUGUCCGAGGCGGAAGCCAAGGCGAACCUCGAUAACAAGAAGAGGGAUGCGGCGGAAAAGGCGAGCGCCGACUCCAAGAACUCGACUGCCGAUUCUUCCACGUCACAAGCGACAGACGGAAAGGCUGCCGGAAGCUCAGCUGCCGGUGGCGCUGGGUCCGGCGACAACUCUGGCGGCGACGGCAAGCGUGGUCGCAAGUCGGCGGAGCGAGCUCUGCAAAAGCCCGUCGUCCCCGAGGUGUACCCGCAAGUUCUCGCCAUCCCCAUCGCCCGGAGACCGCUCUUCCCAGGCUUCUACAAAGCCAUAACUAUCAAGGAUCCCGAUGUCGCCACUGCCAUCACCGAGUCCAUCAAGCGCGGCCAGCCGUAUGUGGGCGCCUUUCUAUUCAAGGACGAGAAUGAAGACGAAGACGUCAUCCGCAACGUCGACGACGUGUACGACGUGGGUGUCUUUGCCCAGAUCACAAGUGCCUUCCCGAUACAUGGCCAAGAGGGCGCCUUGACGGCGAUUCUCUACCCUCACCGUCGAAUUCGGCUCUCGAGCCUGCUGCCACCCGGUGGCAGCCAGGACGCUAAGAAAGCCGAUGCCAAGCCUGAGCCCGAUGUGCCUGAGCCCAUAUCACAAAAAGCGGCAGAGGAAGACGCCUCGCAAGAGAAGAAGGGAGACGUCGUGGCAAGCUUCGAGGAGGGUGCCGUCGAGAAGAAGCCUGACCAGGUCGCCGAAAAGUACGAGCCGACUUCGUUCCUCAAGCGGUACCCUGUCAGCCUAGUCAACGUUGAGAACCUCACCGACGAGCCCUACGACCCGAAGAGCCCCGUAAUCCGCGCCGUCACCAACGAGAUUGUCAAUGUCUUCAAGGAGGUAGCCACGAUGAACAACCUCUUCCGAGACCAGAUUUCGACCUUUUCCAUGAGCCAGUCCACCGGUAAUGUCACUUCGGAACCCGGAAAACUCGCCGACUUCGCGGCUGCCGUGUCCUCUGGAGAGCAAAAGGAGCUACAGGAGGUUCUCUCGUGCAUGAACGUGGAGGAGCGUAUGCAAAAGGCCUUGAUCGUCCUCAAGAAGGAGUUGAUGAAUGCCCAGCUGCAGUCCAAGAUCACAAAGGACGUAGAGAACAAGAUCAGCAAGAGGCAACGCGAGUAUUGGCUCAUGGAGCAGAUGAAGGGCAUUCGCCGCGAGCUUGGUCUCGAGUCAGACGGCAAGGACAAGCUCGUGGAAAAGUUCAAGGAAAAGGCCGGCAAGCUUGCCAUGCCCGAGGCCGUUCGCAAAGUCUUCGAUGAGGAGCUGAACAAGCUCGCCCACCUGGAGACUGCCGCUUCGGAAUUCAAUGUCACGAGGAAUUACCUCGACUGGCUUACCCAGAUUCCCUGGGGCCAGAGGAGCGCCGAGAAUUUUGGCAUUCCGAACGCCAUGAAGGUCCUGGACGAGGAUCACUACGGUCUGCAAGACGUCAAAGAUCGGAUCCUAGAGUUCAUCGCCGUGGGCAAGCUGCGAGGAACCGUCGAGGGCAAGAUCCUGUGCUUCGUCGGCCCCCCGGGCGUCGGAAAGACCAGUAUCGGCAAGUCCAUCGCCCGGGCGCUCAACCGACAGUACUAUCGGUUCAGUGUUGGUGGCCUGACAGACGUUGCUGAGAUCAAGGGCCACAGGCGGACAUACGUUGGUGCGCUGCCUGGUCGCAUCAUCCAGGCGCUGAAGAAGUGCCAGACAGAGAAUCCGCUGAUCCUCAUCGACGAGGUCGACAAGAUUGGUCGCGGAUACCAGGGCGAUCCCUCAUCGGCGCUCCUUGAGCUGUUGGACCCCGAGCAGAACAGCUCGUUCUUGGAUCACUACAUGGACGUUCCGGUCGACUUGUCCAAGGUCCUGUUCGUGUGCACGGCCAACAUGACUGACACGAUCCCCAGGCCCUUGCUGGAUCGCAUGGAGCUGAUCACCCUCUCUGGCUAUGUCGCGGACGAGAAGAAGGCCAUCGCCAACAAGUACCUCGGGCCGGCGGCCAAGGAAGCUGCCGGUCUAAAGGACGCUGAUGUACAACUGAACGACGAGGCUAUUGAAGAGCUUAUCAAGUCGUAUUGCCGAGAGUCAGGUGUGCGAAAUCUGAAGAAGCAGAUAGAAAAGGUUUACCGGAAGUCGGCGCUUAAGAUCGUGCAGGAUCUUGGCGAGGAGGCCCUGCCAGAAGAGGAAGCCUUGACGGAGGAGGGUAAGGCUGCGAAGGAGGAAGGAGAGAAGAAGGCGGAAGCGGCGGCAGAGAGGGCUGCAGAAGAGCCCUUGGAAGAGGGCAAGGAGAAGAAGGCUGCCACGGAAGCCAGCGAAGCCGAGACGACAGAGACGCCCCGGACAGCACUUCACGUUCCGGAUACGGUCCAUAUUGAGAUCGGCAAGGACAACCUCACGGACUACAUCGGGCCACCGGUGUUCACGUCAGACCGCCUCUACGAGGUCAGCCCGCCCGGUGUCUCCAUGGGUCUCGCGUGGACCCAGAUGGGUGGCGCCGCCAUGUACAUCGAGUCGAUUCUGCAGGCUCCCUUACGGCCAAGCACCCGCCCGAGCCUGGAGAUCACCGGCAACCUCAAGUCGGUGAUGAAGGAGUCGACGACAAUUGCCUACUCCUUCGCCAAGUCUUUCAUGGUCAAGCAGUUCCCCGACAACCACUUCUUCAACAAGGCCAAGAUGCAUCUGCACGUACCGGAUGGCGCCGUGUCCAAGGAUGGUCCCUCAGCGGGUAUCACGAUGGCUACGUCUCUCUUGUCGCUUGCCCUAGAUGUCCCAGUCAACCCAACUGUGGCCAUGACGGGUGAGCUGACGCUUACCGGCAAGGUGCUCAGGAUUGGUGGCUUGCGGGAAAAGACGGUGGCAGCGAGGAGGGCGGGUUGCAAGACGAUCAUCUUCCCAGCCGAUAACAUGUCGGACUGGCUGGAGUUGCCCAAGAACAUCAAGGAGGGCAUCGAAGGCCACGCCGUCGGCUGGUACGGCGAAGUGUUCGACCUGGUCUUCCCCGAGCUCGACCGCGAGCAGGCCAGCAAGUGUAAGAUUUGCGAGUGGGAGUCGCAGCAGGAGAAGGACAAGCACGAGCGGUCCGAGGACGACGAAUAGACGACCGAGACUUAGACGGUGAGCCAUGUAAAAACAAGAUUCAAAGAGAAGACGCAUGUGGGCGGCGCUGCCGGACUUGAAGCAUUCUAGCCAGACCCGAAACCUGGGGCAGUAGGGAGUGCGGCAUCCAUGAUAUGGCGUUUUGUAUGUGUGCGCAUGCAUGCAUGUAUGUAUUACAGACAUAUGGAAGAAGACGAGCAAAUAUGCUUGGUGUUGAAUAAACUACUCCCAUCCUCCUUUCUUGGUG